AUGGAAAAGAAAACAAACAUUGUCUUUCUGAAAACUCACAAAACUGCAAGUUCAAGUAUUCAAAACAUUUUCAUGCGCUUUGGAGAUCAUCAUGAUUUAUUGUUUGCUCUGCCAAAAAAAGGAAAUUACUUUGGUCAUCCUCGUCCAUUCCAUCAUGUUAUGAUUCCUAAUUUAAUAAAACCUGCCACUGGAAAAAGUCAUUAUAACAUCUUUACACACCACACAAGAUUUAACUACCUCGAAUUAAAACGAUUAAUGCCAGAAAACACCGUUUUUGUUACCAUAUUAAGAGAUCCAGUUGAAUUAUUUGAGUCUCUGUAUUCUUACUACUCUCUGAAAGAUUUUUAUAAAACGCCAUUAUCCCAGUUUAGUGUUAAUAUCUCGGAGGAAAAUUCAAACAUGCGAUAUAAUAACAAAAUAGGCAGAAAUCAGAUGUCUUUUGAUUUAGGUUUGGAAGUGAACGAUUUUGAAAACUUUAGCGUUUUACGAGAAUUUGCUGUAAAGUUAAACGAAGAAUUUGAUAUGGUAAUGAUCACCGAACAGAUGGACGAAUCACUGAUUCUUCUACAAAACCUUUUAUGUUGGGAGAUUGAUGACGUCGUUACAUUUAAACUAAAUGCUCGAGACGAGAAAUUUAUAAAACAUCUAACUCCAAGUCUCCGUUUACAUCUUCAAAAGGUUAACUACGCUGACCAAGUGCUUUACAACUUCUUCAAAGAUAGAUUAGCUGAAAAAAUCCAAAACUUUGGAAAAGCAAAGCUUGCUACCAAAGUAAAAGAACUCCGAAUGAGAAAGGACUUCUGGUUUAAAUUUUGUGUACGGGGUGAAAACUUGCUUAUUGAUACCAAAGAUAUUCAAAAACUUACAUACGUUAAUCCAAAAGUAACUAAAUUGAAAGUGCGGAAAAAUGAUUCGUGCAUUAAAAUGACUGAACAAGAAUUAAUAUUUACGGAAAAGCUUCGAGUAAAACAGAAACAUUUGGUUUCGUAA